AUGAAGAAAGUCUCUGGUCUAUCAGGGGUUGAUUCAGUUGCCAUGGACAGCAAGGACAAGAAAUUAACAGUGACAGGAGAUGUAGAUCCAGUGACUCUAGUGGCUAAACUGAGGAAGAUCUGUAGCACAGAGAUACUCAGUGUUGGACCAGCCAAAGAGCCUGAGAAGAAGAAGGAAGAACCCAAGAAAGAAGAACCCAAAAAACCAGAUGACAAGAAAAAAGAGGAUGCAUCUCAAAAGGCUUACCAGGCCUAUAUUCAGCAUUAUAGUCAAUACCCUUACCAGCAACACCCCCCCAUAGUGCCAUAUCAUCAAAAUCCUUAUCAGCAAUACCCUCCCAUGGGGGCAUAUUAUGCUAAAAGUGUGGAAGAAGAUCCAAAUGCUUGUGUUAUUUGCUAA